ACGAGCAGUUCACUGCUGGCUAACUGGUCGGAGAAGUCGGUAAAGCCGAGUCUGAGCGCGACGGCCCGGUUCAUCGAGAGAAACGUGUUCGAGAGCUAACGACACUGAAUUAAGACUUCUGACAUACGUACGCGUACAUAUAUACUACAAAUACACAGAUACUGAUAUAUAAAUAUAUAUACAUAUAUAUACACACACGUACAGAUAUAUAUAUUGUAUAUAUUUAUGUAAACGUAUAUACAUACAUAAGAAAGACAGAAACAUCAACCGUUGGCGAACCAACUGAAUAAUUACGGGUAUAUACGCGCGUGCAUACCGGUCAGGUGCGCGAAAACAUAACCGUAGUGGAAGCUCGGGGCGGUCCAGAGUUUGGCAAACUGAUCGAGCCAUUAUCGGUACUUCUCAGUGAUCACUACGAUCCAGGAUGAUCGUCCUCGCGUGGUCCUUGUUUGUGCUGGUUUCGUUACUCGUCGCCACCAAUCAAGCGUUUCUCGCUGCUCCCGUAUCAGUUCACGGAGCGCCGAGUUACGAUGUCACUAGCGUUCAGUCACGAUUGGAGACCAACGAGGUGAUUCAUAAAGUUAAUAACAAUCACCAACAGCCGGUCGAUUUGAGAAACGAUGAUCGUGACGAUGGACAAACGCUCUAUGUGAUCGAGUUCGAGUCUGAAUCGAACGAGAAAGAAGGCAAUAAAGGGAAAGACCCGUCUCUCGGCGGAUUUCUUUUUGUUUCAGUGGACAAUGACGGUCAAAAUCCUCUAGACCCAUGGUCGAUCGUCUGGUACAUCGGAUCCUUCGGAGGUUUAGUCGCCUUUUUUCUAAUCGUCAGUUGUUCAGAAUGGUGUUGUCGUCGUGGUGGACGACCGUUAACAGUCCCCUAUACUCAACGAGCUGAAGCAAUAAACGGACCAGUAGUAACAGAAACACCGCCUCCGCCAUAUCAUUUAUUCGCACCACCGCCAUACGAUUCCGUAAAUUACGGUGAAAUCGUGGACAAAACAGCCGGAGAGAAAUUGGACAUCUACGUGAUAUCCGUGCCGAUUCAUAGACCUGUGGUCCAGGCUCCAGCCUAAGGUUUUCCCAAAGAGUUCCUCGAACAGAGGAUUGCGGCCGAAUCAAGAUCGAAACGACAAAGAAGAAGAAGAUACAGUGUAUUGUGUCGCUUCUGAAGGAUUUGUCGAAGCUUCCUCGUUGGUAUUCCCCUUUAACCGGGAGCAUUUUGACAAUCGUCUACUGAUCCAUGUGCAAGGUUCGUUGAAAACGAGCUGUGGAUCAAGGAAGAAUGCAGGACGAGCUUAAUGAAUGUGUAACGUGUUGGUUGAACUUUGAGAACGUUUUAAGUAUUGUGAAUACUCGAAAGGACGAAGAAAACUCUUGCUCAUGACGAAGAUAAGCUUGAAAAAUAUGCUCGGAUCCUGCAGAUAUUUUAAAGGUCGAACAAGAUAUCUGUUCGUGAUAGAGAAAAUACUCUUCAUAAGACAUGUUGUUUGAAUUUUGAGUACCUUUACUUGAAGACAAUUUGAGUAUACGUAUGACGAGUCUUUGAAAGGACGAAGAAGAUUCUUGUUCAUGGUAGAAGGAACAAACAAUCUUCUCGAAUUAUUAAUUGCAUCUAGGAACGAGAAAGCACGAGAAGAAGCUUCGAAUCUCUACGACGCUCGACGAAAAUCGAGUUCAUAAGAAAUCCCAGAGAGGGAAAAUUUCAACACAUUGUUAACGAAUAUUUAAAGAGAAACUCUCUAUCUUUGUGAGUGUGGACGAAGAAAAACGAAGUCGAUGAACAAUCAAUUAAAGCAAUUAAUAGAGACUUAAAGAUACCAGCGAGGGAGAAGAGCAAAAACGACUAUGAGAAAUCUCAUCGUACACUCCGAUGUAGGUCCAACUGCGAAGCAAUGUUCUCUGUGAUGAUGUUCGUGAAACGAACUGAAAUUAGAACUAGAGACAAUCUUUUCGCGUGUGCUUUUAAAGUAAACCCGUUGUGCGGGUGCCAAUCAAGGAACUUUACUUUCUCUUUCCUUUAAGUCGAGUGAAAGAUUAACAAGAUGCAAAUAACGUGUAAAUCCAAGCUCGAUCUCGUUCGAGGGCCGUGCAAAGAAUUAGAAUGAAUCGCGUGUUUCCAUUAAGUGUUUUUAACACUUUAAACGAAUUAUUUAUCCAAUCACUGCCUGAUCAGGUGAAUAAUUGAAAUUCGAUAAUCAUUCUAAUCCUUCCAGCUUAUUAACCCGUGUAUACGCUGAUUUUUGCGCUCGACUCGUCCUAACUAGUUGAAAGAAGAAAGAAACUGCCAUAUUUUCGUACACCGUGCUCGUUAUUCGUUAUCCCUCGAGGUCUACGACGCGAUUUUUAACCCUGCUGCGUCCUUUCUUAGACUCACUCGUGAUUUCUUUAAAAUAAACAAUUUUUUAAAUAUAGAAAAUUUCUCAAAGUUAUAAUAAAAUAUAAAGGAGUCAUUAUUGAUAUGCAUAAUUUCUUAUUUUAAUUCUUUUUUAAGGUAUUAACCUGUUAAUACGGGGAAACGAAUCAUUUACAUAAUAAUCUUAUUUAGUAAUUCUAUAUCUGUUUAGGUAUAGUUCCAUGUUUGUUACAAAUAAAUUAUAUGUAUAAAAAAGAAAUGAUGCGAAGAAAGCAUAAUAGAUCGAUUUUUGUUAAUUUUCUAAUCUCUUAUAAUAGUUAUACAAAUUUCUGACUAAAUGACAACUAAGUUAACAGGUUAAAAGUGAGGUUUAUUUAACAAAACAGAAGUAAUAUUGGAAUAUGCAAACUCUGUGAUCGCAGCAGGGUUAAGGAACUACAAAAGCAACGCACAAAGCAAUUUCAAAUGACGAGGUUGAUCGUUUUCUUCGCGCUCCUACGACGACACUUUUAUUUUUGCAUUAUUCAAACUAGUAUAUUGUACGAUUUGGAAAUUAAACGAGAAUGUUUGGGAUUAUUUCUAUUUACUUUCGAAUCAUUAAAGUACACAUGAUCUUUUAUGUUUGAUAAUAAGUAUAAAAGAAUCGGUAGAGAUUUUUCUUAAAACAUUAAAAAUCUUUUGAUUUGUCGAAAUAAAUGAUAUAAAAAUGUAAAAAUCGUAGUAGCGUUAAGUCAGGUCUUUUUUUAAAUAUAAUUUUACUACGUAUUGCGAAGAUAUCCAAAUGCUUGCAAUCGGCAUAUACGUUGAAAAUAUUUCAAGAAAAAUUAAAAGACAAACCGAUAACUAUUUCUAACUUCAUUAUAGAAUCAUGUAAAUUAUGUCAACAUAGAAUACUUCAUAACGACUACGCUGUAGUUAAAAUGUCUUACCUAGCAUCUCCUUAUUUUUCAAAACAUGUCGAAAUAUUUGAAGUUCGUCAUGUCUUCUUUUUACCUUUCGAUUAAAGUUAGAUUAUACAAACUGUUACAAGACAACGAUUAAAUAUUUUAAAUUGAAUGAAAGCAAACAGAUAUUACAAUUACAAUGAAUGGUACAAGGAGAAUGAUACAUAGAACGUUUUAAGUUAAAUUAAGCUUUAUCGAGUCAAAACUCGAAAAAGAUUACAGUCAAAUACAGAUAGGUGCUUCCUUUAAAAGCAGGAAAAAAGAUAUGAUGGUUGAAAUGUUCGGUUGCAAGCGUUCCGCUAAUUACACCGUAUCUUUAAUCAGAGCCAAUUACAACCGCGAUUCUUUAUAUUUUUUUCUCGUUUUAACGGUAACUCAACUCUUCUUCCGGGUUGUGUAUGUGUACAAGCGUUGCAUAAGAGGGCGCGCGUGUAACUCGCCUCGCAACCUGAAUGAUCUAUCAACGAGACACGUGUGCGAGAAGUUCGAAUAAUUUCUAAUAUUGCUACACGCGAUUGACCUCAAUCGCGAUCGUUACAAGUCCGACAAUUGCAGACGAUAAUAUACAUAGAUUACGAGUUGACUGCCAUAAAAAGAAUUUAACCGAAGGGGGUUACGAAAAAAGUUCGUGAAAUAUUCAUGCGAUUAUGUCUCGAGAGAAGAACGAUCCUUGUACAUGAAAGCGUUUAAAUACUUACAGAAACAUUUUAUGAAUAUAUGAUGCUUGUUAUACGAAACAAAAGUCAUUAAAAAUGUCAUUAACAUUAUAACGAGAGCCAACUAUCAUGAUUAUAUUGGUAAACCGAAACAGAUCUGAAAAUAUAUGUAUAUGAGUGGAAGUAAUAGAUAGAAUAGAUAUAUAAAAUAUGUAAAAAUGGCAAAAAAUCAUAUUAUAUUAUUAUAUUACACAAUACAUCUCAAUGUUCAAUAAUAGAUAGAGUAUCUUUAACGCUUAUUAUAUAUUCAAGAUAGCUAUUCCAGAUAAGAUAUACUAAUUUUUUAUUAAAUAUAUGUUUGCAAUAAAUGAGCCAUUCAGAAACCACAUUGAUUAAUUUCAUAAAUUGAAGAAUACAGAGAGCUGAUGAUAUUACAAAUAUACUUUAGGAUUUACCAUUAUAUGUAUAUAUUAUUUUCUUGUGAUGAAGAAAUUUAUAAAAGUAAGAAUUGAGAAAUUAAUAAAAAAUGGAAUUCAUCAGAUUGGUUUGUAAGAGGAUCAAAUAUCUUAUAACUUUUUAUUUUUAGAUUUGUUUCAAACUUAACCAAUACAUUCAUACUAGCCUGGUCUUAUUACAAUGCUGGUGAGAUUUCAAAAUGUUUCAUGUAACACAUAUAAUAUGUACAUAAAAGGCUUUUGCAAGUGUUAUUGGCAAUACUUUCGUGAACAACUUCCUCGGGAAAAAUAUUUGUAGUCUUCUCAUUUUGACGCGUAGAGCGCCUUUAUCGUUAUAAGAAAACGAAGUUUAGUAUUUAAAAUGUUAAAUGUUCUGUUAGAAAAAAAAGUAUUAGAUAUCUUAUAUUAUAAGUUCGAAAUACAGAAAAUGUGAAAAAUACUCGAAACGGAAAAUUAGGGUAUUACAUGCGAGGAAGCCACGUAAUGCGGAAUCUAGUUUUAUUUAUGACAAUGUUGUCGCAUUGAUCUCCGCCAUUUAGCUUUAACCGGUCGAUUAAUUGUUCAAAUAAAAGCAGAAGAUAGAGAGAAUUUGUAUAUGAAUGAGUGGAAGGAUGUUAGAGAAAUUUAUCGUACGAUUACGUACAAUGUCAAUUAUUAUUAUUAUUUUUAUUAUCACUAGUAAUGUUAUUAUCAUUGAAUUCGUAAUUGCGUUUCCGAUUGCGAUUGAAACACAUUACGAUGAACUUGCUCUCAUUAAGGCAUGCAAAAUCGCAGCGCUGUCACUAUUUAUUUUUUAUACUUUUAUACAUACUGUUUAUACAUAUUCUAACAUCUCUAUGUUAUCAAUAAAAAUUUCUUUUCUCCAA